AUGGUGGUCACGCUAAAACCUGCUCUGAUCUUGUUGGUUUUUCUGGCCUGUAUACAGGUGAAAAAGACAGCUUUUGUCACUUCAGACACUGUUGGUCUUUCCACUGAGGGAAAGGAGAUAUCCAGUGGAAAUGAAUCAUUUAUUUCUUCAAGUUUGUGGCAACCGAAGAGAAACGGGCGAUCCGUGCAGCUUCGAAAUUCAACACGAAGCUAUAUUACUCUGUUGAUCUUGCUAUGUGGCGACGUUGAAUCUUGCCCUGGACCUACAUCAGCUCAAAUCGGUGGUGGCGAGAGAGUUAUCGAUGAACUUAUGUCAUUGCUUAAGGUAAAAGGCUUAAAGAUUUUGCACCAAAAUACCAGAGGGCUAUCGUCUAACUUUGCGUAUAUCUCAGAGUUAUUUCAAAGCUUCAAAGGAAUUGACAUCCUGACUUUAAGUGAAACGCAUAUUGAUGAGCAAGACGGAUUCGAACCUGACUCAUAUUACGAUAUUCCCGGGUAUUCAUUUAUUAGUCGACCAAGAAAAUCUGGGAAAGGGGGUGGUGUUGGUGCCUACAUAUCGGAUGGACUUAUUUGGGAUCGUAGACUAGAUUUAGAAAACGAAAAAAUUGAAGUUGUUUGGUUUGAAAUACGCCCUAAAAGUUCGAAAGGUAUUUUGAUUGCGUCUGUCUACCGCCCUCCUGAUUCAUCCAAGCACCUAAACAAAGACUUUAAUGAACUGUUUAAUAGCAUGCUAACAAAAGCUAUGAGUGAAUCAAAGGAAACCAUACUCCUCGGGGACAUGAAUGCAAAUUUUCUUGACAAUAAAGACAAUAAAGAUCUUAAGUCAAUAUUUAAUGUGCAUGGCCUCAAACAAAUGAUUAGGCAGCCCACAAGAAUCGCAGAAAGUACUGAAUCGUUAAUCGAUAUCAUUUUAACAAACAAACCUGUGAACUUAGUACAAUCUGAAGUCAUUCCUACAAGCAUUGGAGAUCACGAAAUGAUAGGUUGUGCACGAAAGUUAAAUUCAAACCACUACAAUGCCAGGCUGAUAUCCUGUCGCGACUAUAAAAACUACAAUCCAGAAUUGUUGAAAACUGAUUUACGGAAAAUUAAUUGGAUGCCGUUUUACAACGAAUCAAAUGUUAAUGACGCUUGGUUGUUACUAAAGUCUACUUUAACUAAUCUAUACAACCGUCAUGCUCCAAUCAUUAAGAAGAAUGUAAGGGGAAAGCCUGCCCCAUGGCUAAAUGAGGAUAUAAAAUCUAUUAUGAAUGAGCGAGACCAACUGCUGAGAAAAUCGAGGCGAACCAGAAGUAUCGCGGACUCUUUAGCGUACAAGCAAAAGCGUAACGAGACGAACAUUGCAAUUAGGAGAGCAAAAUCGUCUUAUUAUAAAAAUUUGCUAAGCGAAAAUUCUGAAAAUCCUAGCAAAUUUUGGAAAGUGCUUAAGUCUAUUUUUCCCUGUAAGAAUUUUAAGAAGCACAAUUCACAAUCUUUCGACAUCGACGGUGAAGUUAAAUCCUGUAACCCCUCGACAAUCGCAAAUGCGUUCGGUGAGUUUUUUGCAGGAACUGUCAAAACGUUAAAGGAAAAGGCUUUUCCUUUAUGCGAUUUUGCCUGGAGAACGCCCGCGAGUAUGUCAGUUAGAACUGACCUGAAAUUCAAAUUCCAACCGGUCUCGAAAUUCGAAGUUGAACGAAAACUAAAAUCAAUUAAACGCAGCAAAGCAACGGGUCUCGAUGAUUUACCUCCAGGGUUACUGAAAGACUCUGCUGAGUUGAUAGCUGCUCCCUUGACGCACUUGGUUAACCUCUCACUAGCAACAAACAUUUUCCCAGCUGAUUGGAAAAAUGCCAAGAUCAUACCAAUAUAUAAGUCUGGAGCACAUUCAAACCUAGAUAACUAUCGACCAAUUUCGAUACUACCGGUCCUGUCUAAAAUCAUUGAAAAGAUAGUCCACCGUCAACUAAUGUCAUUUUUGGACAAAAAUUCUCUCUUGUCUGAGUUUCAGUUUGGCUUCCGCCGUGGCCUUUCGACUGAGCUUGCAACAACCUUAUUAUUGGAUGAUAUACGUAGAGAAGUUGAUUCGGGGAAACUAGUUGGUGCCGUAUUUAUUGACUUGAGUAAGGCUUUUGACACAAUCAGCCACGCAAAGCUACUAGAUAAACUUUCUCGAUAUGGAAUAAAUGACGGUGAGCUUGAAUGGUUUAAAGACUACCUUUUCUCCCGUAAAGCGGUAGUAAGCUACAAUAACUGCUUAUCUGAGGUACACGAAAUCUAUUCUGGUGUCCCGCAGGGAUCGAUAUUGGGACCAUUGCUGUUCUUGGUUUUCUUCAAUGAUAUAACAGAUGUG